AUGCGGCGUUGUAUUUUUACCUCCACAACCGGCAUCUUGAGCAGUGGUGCCGCGCCCCACACCACCUCGGUGCGUGCUUAUCGCCUCGUGCCGCACGUGAACUACGAAGUCGAAGAGCUUGCUGAGACGCAAAAGCCCAAGCGGUGGAAUAUCUCGCAUCGCAACUGCCUUCAGCAGCCCCUUAAGCGCGCCGAAAUUUUGGUUGAGAAGCUCAACCUUCGUGAGAUGCGGCGCACCGGCGUGCUUCCAGAGAAGUCUAUCGCGCGGCGGAUGAGUCAGAAGUACGCUGUGGAUGGCACCGUCGUGGAAAGCGAGUCGAAAGUGAAAUUAAUCAACUUCACGGUCAUCAACUUCGAUGGCCACCCUUUUCACUUCCGCGUUUAUCCAAUGCCGGACGUCACAUUGAACACCUUCAUCGACGGCACCGGGAUGUGCCACGGGCAUCCCCAUCAUUGGGGGAAGUGCAACAACCUCGAUUGCGCGGAGUGGAACCACGGCGAUGGAUGCCUCUUGAAUGUCGAUCUCGACACCUUGGAUCGCCUGCUGCCGCCAAAUCGGUGGGAGUACACCUCCCUCACCGCCUGGCGUGCGCUGGAUCGACCGGAUAUCUCUUACAACUCGCGGUUCAGUUGUCAAAUUCCCAUCACGGCCGAACUUGACGGUGCCGUCUUCGCUCUGAAGCAGCUCUGGUCACGGGCACUUCGGGAGUCCGUAUCCGACUGGGGUCUUGUCGAUGAGUUGGCGACAGUGGCAAUGGCUCGAAGCAAAAGUAUUGAGCCCUGGGCCCCUCCGCUUGAGGAACCUACCAAAGUGGACUUCCCCAUUACGCUUGACAUGCUGUGGGCGACGAGCUACCAGGAAAUCAUGCAAAAGAAGUACUCCAACUACCGCCGCAAGGACAGCUACCACACCAAACCUCAAUUCUGGGCAGCAUACGUUUAG